ACAGGAAGAAAGCAGUGUAAUCCUUUGAUUAGCAUUGCCACUAAUGAGCAUGCGCUCCCCCUCCCGCAUGCAAGUCUGGAUUUGCUGAAUCCCCUGAUGAAUGCAAGACACACGAUGUGAUAUCUGCCGACCUUCACCUGCUUUCAUCUUCAUUUGACUUCAUCCUCGGACGACGACUUUGUCCCUUUAGCAGGAGGAGACUGCAUCUGUGAAUGAGAGCGCGCGCGACUCCAUCGGCUGUUGCGAGCGUGAGUGCGACAGAUAUAAACAAAACAAUCAAUGGACUAUCGAUUGAGACCACAAUGAUAAUCGUCUUUCACAAGACAUCACUGUUUUUGUUGCACCAAUAGCACCUCUUUGUCCACACAUUUGGGCCCGCUGCUGUGUUUACCACCAUGGGACUGGAUCGAUAGGUGUCCAUUUAUUAGGAUGGAAUCUGCGCUGUCGCUCUCCACUGUACAUCUGCACCUGAACACAAACAGGUACGAUGACAGCAGUGGUUGCAACAGCUGGGGAAGCCACCCGGAUGAUCCCAACGCCCCGCCAGUCAAUCACACGUUCCCAGUUUAUGGCCGACUGAACAGCGCCCUGCUGGGUGUAUCGCUAGGCUUCCUCUCCCUCCUCACUAUCAUAAUGAACAUGCUUGUUCUUUACGCCGUGAAAAGAGAGAAGAGCUUGCACACAGUCGGUAAUCUGUACGUCGUAAGCCUCUCGGUGGCCGAUCUCAUCGUCGGCACCACUGUGAUGCCACUCAACCUGGUGUAUCUGCUGGAGGAUGAAUGGAAGUUGGGCAGGGCUGUCUGUCAAUUUUGGCUGAUUAUGGAUUAUGUGGCGAGUACAGCAUCCAUUUUUAGCUUGUUUAUCCUCUGUUUGGAUCGGUACCGCUCUGUCAGACAGCCGCUGAAGUAUCUGAAGUAUCGAACGAGAGGGAAAGCAAGCGUAAUGAUAUCCGGAGCCUGGCUGCUGUCAAUGUUGUGGAUUUUCCCCAUUUUAGGAUGGAGGUCCUUCACCCAUGUAGAACUUAAACCCGAAGAAGAGAAAAAGUGUGACACAGAUUUCCGCUUCGUCACAUGGUUUAAAGUUAUUACCGCUGUCUUCAAUUUUUAUGUACCCUCUGUUUUGAUGAUAUGGUUUUACACACACAUCUACUUAGCAGUAAGGCAACAUCUGCGAGACAGAGAGAGGAUCAUUCAUCCAACAGAUUCAUUUGAGGAAAAGAACAAUCAGGAAAAUGAUAGGUCAUCAAAUGACUCCAAAUCUGCCGAAAAGGAAUGUGAGGUUCCAGUUAAACUUUUAAAAAGACAGCUUGACCAGAAACUUCUAGAGCAGACUUAUUCUCUUGAGGAAUUUGAUAAAACCAAAAGUUCUCUUUCUAGAUCACACCGAAAAAUUGGUGCACAGUGUCCGGAACAAGGUUUGCUUGACAUGAAAACAAAGGAAUACAGAUUGACUAUAAAACCAGGAAGCAACUCCUUAACCCCUGAAGAGAAGAGCCCAGAUGCUGCAAUUCCACUAAGUUCAGUUUCCUUUCAACCAGAAAAUGUUGGUUCAGAAGGAAACCAACAAUCAUCUUUAAAAGAAUGUCACAUCACAGUGCCAAACACGGUAAGAGGUGCUUGCAAUAUCAGCCAGGUGGAGAGGUACACAUCUGUGCUUUGCAACAACGACGACCCUAGCCGGUCUGUGCCCUGGUCCAAGGUGGCCGAUAACGCCGAGGUGGACCCGGCGAACGAGGGGACUCUGAGGCAGACAUGGCAAAGGUUCAUCGAACACUCCCGUGAGAGACUCCACAGCCUGAGGAUUCACAAGGAGCACAAGGCGGCCAGGCAAUUGGGGUUCAUCAUUGCAGCUUUCAUGCUGUGUUGGAUACCGUACUUUAUGGCCUUCAUGGUCAUGGCGUUCUGUAGAGAUUGCGUGCACCAUGACCUGCACAUGUUAACCAUAUGGCUGGGUUACAUCAACUCCACCCUCAACCCUUUUAUAUACCCGUUGUGCAAUAGGAAUUUUAAACGAGUCUUCAAAAAUAUUCUGCACAUACAUUUGUGACAGUGGUGCAGUGAUUCCAACACCAGGCCAAUGAUCAUUCACGUGGAUCCAGUCAAAUAUUUGUGCACCAUAAACCCCACUGUUUGAUUUUGAAAGCAUAAGUCUUAAAUUGCAACUCACACUGUACGAGUUAAUGAUCUGGGACAGAAAGUCAAAGCUUUACAGACCGGUAGCUCACAUUGUAUGUUUCGUUCAUGUAGGUAGUAUAUAUGUAGUAACUUGGGAUUUUGGGGUGGCCACUUUCCCUGAAUCCAACUACAUCCGGCCCUGCUGAGGAUAAGAAAAAUGCAGAUGGAGGUUGCCAAGGUUUAACGUCCAAUCUCUAUGUCUCUUUGUGGUUUCACUGCCAGUCAUAAUUUUCAACUGAACUUUGAAGGGAAGCCAAAGCAACAACACUCCAGUUCCAGUUCCAGAACUUUAUUUAGCUUUGUUGGAUCCCUGCUGCUGCCCAUGAUGCGUCUGCCUGAAUGCUUUCAGGCGCCAAAUUGAUGCUCUGCAUGUAUCAAAUGCAAGUCCAUCAUUCACUUGUGACCAUGAGGUCUCAAGGUUUACAGUACAUUAUGUUUUACAUGGGCCUCCUUGUCACGUUUGAGGCGAUAUGGUGUCAUUUCAAUGCAGGCCUGGAUGUAAAGGAAAUGUGUAUUCAAAUGCACAUAUUUUGUGUGUCAUUUUUGCUAUUGCUAUUGUUAUUUUGUUUCAGAUUGAGACUCAUUUCAUGUUAAUGCUAAUACAGUGAGCAGAAACCUAACGUCUUGGGUGAAACAAAAAAAUAUUUAAAAAUAUUUUUGUUUAUUGAAAAUAAUUAUGUAGAAUCUGCGAGUGUUUGAAUUACAUUACAAACAAAUAAACAAUACAAUCAUGCAUAUGUGGCACAUUA